UCUGUAGUUCAAACCCGAUUUUCUUUUUAGUUCUGCCAGUCAAUUGGAAUUUCAUCCUUUAAAAUACCUAACUAAUGAGUGUUUGAAUAGGAAAUACAAAAAUAAGUUAACGCUUCUUGCUUUUUCCCAAAUAUACUACAUAUUAUUUCAGAAAUUGCGUUAAGUCGGGAAUGCCAUUCUGCAAAACUUGCUGUUCUCUUCUCCACCCCCGCAUAUUGGAAUCGGAAGUUUCAGGCCUCGGCCAUUUUUGGGUUGACAAAUCGAGUGCAUCACAGAAAAGAGCAGAAUUGUGCUUUGUUUUGAUGAUUUUUAGGCAUUUAAAAGAUCUUUGAACAAGGAAAUUACAUAAAGAUAAAAUAACAUUUUCCCUGUUUGUGUCGCUAUAUUAUAAUUUGUCAUCAUGUCGAACAUGCCACCCUUGCGUCGCACAUUAAAAAAUGUGGUAAAAAAUUAUUCAGAGGCACAAGUCAAAGUUCGGGAGGCCACAUCCAACGAUCCUUGGGGACCGUCAAGUACGUUAAUGGGAGAAAUUGCUGACUUAACUUAUAAUGUGGUGGCAUUUACAGAAAUAAUGCAAAUGAUCUGGAAAAGACUUAAUGACCAUGGUAAAAAUUGGCGUCAUGUGUACAAGUCUUUGGUACUGUUAGACUACAUCAUCAAAACUGGAAGUGAAAAAGUGGCACAGCAGUGUAAAGAGAACAUCUAUGCCAUUCAGACAUUAAGGGAUUUUCAACAUCGUGAGGAUAAUAAGGAUCAAGGAAUGAAUGUGAGAGAGAAAGCGAAACAGCUGGUUGCGCUGUUAAAGGAUGAUGAACGGUUACGCAAUGAAAGGGCUAAAGCCUUGAAGGCCAAGGAGAGGUUUGCACAGAAUGCAAUGGGAAUAGGAAGUAAUGACAAGAUUCGUUAUGGGGCUGGCAGUCCUAGUUUACAGACAAGUUCUGGAGGGUACUCUGAUCCUUAUGGUGGUGCUGGAACAACACCCCCGCCAACAACAACAACAACAACAACUAAUGGUGAUUCACCUAGACCACGUAGGAAUUCAACAGAUGUAGAAUAUGCUCGGCCAUCAUCAGUAGGUGAGGAAGAAAUACAGCUUCAGUUGGCUUUGGCCAUGAGCAAGGAAGAGCAUGAGGAAUCGAUGAAGAAACAGAAGUCAGACGACAUCAAACUACAGUUGGCGCUGGAGGAAAGUAGAAAACAAGUACAUGAUGAGGUAAGUCGAGAGGAGAGAAGAAGAGCCACACAUAAAACUCCUCAGUCAACUGGACUUUUAGACUUUGAUUCUCCUAAGUCUCAGCCAUCAGACCCAUGGGGAGCCCCUGUGUCACAGCCAGCUGCAGCACCUACUGACCCAUGGGGUGCCCCUCUCCCAGCUCCCCCUGCACAAAAACACCACCACCACCCAGCCCCUACAGUGACCCCUCCCCCCUCAGAUCCAUGGGGAUCACCUGUGAAACCCCAAACUUCCACUCAGAGUGAUCCAUGGGGAAUGCCAAUGCCUUCAAAUCCAACUCCCCCACAAACGAAUCCAGAUUCAGGAGCUCUGGACCCUUGGGGAGCCCCUGUGCCCUCAUCAGAGACAUCAGGCAGUUCCCCAUGGGGUGGCUCUCCUGUUCCCGCUCCACAGACUGCCUUCGAUGGUUUUGAUUCGGGGACAAGUUCAUUGACAAAUGGCGGUAACAAGGCCACUGUGGAAGAUGAUGAUGAUUUUGACUUGCUAAGUUCUAGGAGCACAGCAGACUCUCCUGCCAAAGCAACAGUCGCAGGCAGUUUUGAUCCACUUGGAAAUACCAGUUCUACAGAUCCCUGGAACCUUAGUAAUGUGGAAGAAAGUCUAUCUACUGAGCAGGAGCAGCAGCAGAAACACAGGAAAACACCACAGGAUUUCUUAGGAGAGAAUGCUAACUUAGUGAACCUAGAUCAACUUGUAACAAAAGAUGAGUCAGCAGGAAAAAAUCCAUUUGCCAGUGGAGGAACAAAUCCAUUUGAACUUCAACAACAACAAAACCCCCAAAGAAUGACAUUAAAUCAGCUGCAAUCUUCAGCCUACAACACGGGGUUCACUCAGCCAAGUUCUAGUGGACUGUUACCUCAACCUUUGGUCCCUAUGACCGGCAUGUCACAGCCACAGCAACAGGGAUACAACCCAUUUUUAUGAGAGCAGAAGAGUACUGAAUAUAGGACCAGUUUAUACUCUGUCUGUCGAUGUCUUGUCAGUAGACUAAUACCAGUUUUAUCAACACUCAACAUGUUGAAUGUUUGCAAUUAUGUGAAAGAAAAGGGAUUUUACUUAUUUUUAAGUGAUCACAGAUUUUAGUAAGUUUUCAGCUCAUGAAUUUUUUGGGGUUUUUUCUCGUCAUGUCUUAUUUAGUUUUUUUUUGGUUUUUUUUUAUUUGGGGGAGUUAAGCUGUGGACUAUGUGAUUUGUAUUGAAAUCAUUUUUGAUAUUAAAAAAAGAUACGAAGACAAAUUUUUUUUUUACACAAACAUAUAUAGUGUGCAUAUAUGUAUUUCUUUAUAGAACAUUUAGAGAAUCAAACUAUUCAUUUUGCUAGCCUUCAUUUUAAUUGCACAAAGUUGUCAUUUAAUCAUUCAUAUCACAUCCUUGCAUCAGAACAGUGGUGUAGGUUCAAUCUCUUGAAAAUUUAUAGCAAAGGAAUUAUCGUGUUGAACGUUGUAAUGGAUUUAGAGACUCUGUAUUAAAUGCAUUAAUCAAGAGAUUUGCUGGUUGUGUAUAGUGACCAGCAAAAAAUCAAUUUUUCAUUUGAAAGUGAAAUAUUUAAAAUGUUAUCUGUAAUGCAUUGCAUUGUAUUUUGUUUUGUAUUUACAGAUACUUUAAAAAUGUAUUUGUUUCUCAGUGUGCAUGUAGAACCGGUAAUUAUGUGAUACGGAAACAAAAAUCAGGUGUCAUAUUUUUUUAAAUGAUAUUUUCAACAAUUUUACUAAAGUAGCAUUUAUGGACAAUUAUCACAUAAUAUUGAUCCUAUACAGAAAGAUGCAUGUACCUUUGUACAUUUUUCUAUUAUCAAGUGACGACAACAUUUUUAGUGUACAGAAUUUCAUUAUAGAUACUGGGUUCCUAAUUAGGUAAAUGAUUAUAAUCAUUAUGUGUGUACAUGUUCAUCCGUGUUGUAAUCAUCUUUAUCUGUAUUUAUUUUUUAAGAAAUUUUUUUUUUACCUUGACAAGAGUAAACUUGUUAAAUCGACAUAACACCUGGAUAAAGAUCUGAAUUUUGGUGCCCUAUUAUUGCUCAGAUUCGAGGUAUCUAGUCUCCUUGAGGUAAUAUUGAAAUGAUGCCAUGCAAUAAGUUUCAUGUUGUAUGAAGGUGUGACAUUUAAUUUCUGGGGCUUUGUUGCAAAAGUUGAUAAUUGUUUGAAGUAGUACUAAGUCGAGAUCUGUUCAUUGUACUGUAGUAUUGUGAUUAUUGUUAUAUUUUUGUAGAAAAAGUGAAAAAUACCAAAAAUAAUGACAAUUUUUUAAUACAACUAUUCAAAGUAAUUGCUUCUUUUAAACAGCUGUCAGAUGAAAUUUUACCAAAAGUGACAGUUGAUUUGAUUUCAAAAGGGCAUCCGCAAUGUCUGAAAAGGUAGAAGUUAACAAUUAACAUUAUUGAACGGUUUAUACUGCAUACUGUAUGUGUCAUUCCUGUUUUGAGCUCUUGUUAAAAGAAGCAUAUGUAUUGUUUACAAAAAUUAUGUUUGCCUAGUACCUUCUGUGAUAAAAUAUUCAUGUACAGACAAAUAUUAAUAAAAGAAACUGCUUAGAAAAUGAA